AUGCCUAUUGGUAAAAUAGAACCGUUCGAUCUAAAUUGUAAACAAUGGCCGGCAUACGUAAGACGUGUCAAUCAAUUUAUUAUUCUCAACGAAAUAAAACCGGAGUUAAAAGUACCGAUGUUAAUAACGGUGGUCGGUGAAGCGACGUAUGCGUUGAUGUGUGAUCUGUGUGCACCGGAUGCACCCGAAACUAAAACCUAUGAACAGUUGGUUGCAUUAGUCACGGAUCAUCUCGAACCACAACGCUCAGAAAUAGCAGAACGCCAUGUUUUUAGACAGAGAAGACAAAAGCCGGGCGAAUCACUUACGGAAUAUCUACAAAAUCUAAAACACCUCGCGGCGACUUGCAACUUCGGUGAUCGUUUGGAAGAGAACCUCCGCGACCAAUUCGUCUCCGGCCUGGCGAGUGAAAUGAUGAGAUCACGAAUUUUUGCCGAGAAAAAUAUAGGAUAUGGUAAGGCGGUGGAGCUAGCUCUGGCGCUGGAGGCGGCCGAUAGACACGCCGAGGUGAGCAGCUCGGGCGCGUCGGCGACGAGGAGCGCAUUCAGCAGUGGAGAGAUGGAAGAGGGGUUACACGCGGGCGGCGGCAGGCCCCUAUUAGGAAGAGAUUGGAUUAAGGCACUUAAUAUAAUGCAAAUAAAUAUAAACGAAAUGGUCGAUGACCAUAUUGUGAGCCAAUUGUGUAUAGAAUAUCCCGAAGUGUUUACUAAUACAUUGGGCACUUGUAAGAAAAAGAUACAUUUACAGCUGACCGAUUGCGAAGGUGUGUACGUACGCGCGCGGCCCGUGCCGCUGGCGCUGCGGGAGCGCGUCGAGCGCGAGCUCGAGCGACUCCAGCGCGACGGCACUAUAUACCGGGUGGACCAUUCUGAUUUUGGCACCCCAAUUGUACCCGUGGUGAAAAGUAAUGGCGAUCUAAGGCUGUGUGGAGAUUACAAGAUUACAAUUAAUCCCAAACUGAAACGCGAUUUUUAUCCUCUACCACGCAUAGAGGAACUGUUUGCGAAUUUAAGCAAUGGUGAAGAAUAUACAAAAAUUGAUUUACGACACGCGUACGAACAGGUAUUAUUAGAUGAGGAGUCACAACGCUAUACCGCCAUUACUACCCACUUAGGGACUUUCGCUUAUAACCGGACGCCUUACGGUUUAUCUAGUGUACCGGAAAAAUUCCAAAAAUUGAUGGAAGAGACGCUACGCGGGGUGGCAGGUACAGUUGUUUUUUUAGAUGACAUAUGUGUCACAGGGUUUAUUAUUGAUAAAUGCGGCCUCCGGGCCGACCCGACGAAACUCGAUGCGAUCACUAAAAUGCCACCACCUGUGAAUGUCACUCAACUAAAAAGCUUUUUAGGAUUAAUAAAUUACUAUGGUAAAUUCAUACCCAAUAUGAGUACGCUUCUAUAUCCGUUACAUUCAUUGUUAAAAAAAGAUACGAAAUGGAAAUGGGACAAAACAUGUGAGCAGGCAUUCAAUAGUGCCAAACGAGUUUUGUUAAGUAACAAUGUCCUAGCUCAUUACGAGGAGGGACGACCGCUGGUGUUGUCGGUGGACAGCAGCGCGUACGGCGUAGGGGCUGUGCUCGCACACCGCUACGACGGGGGGAGGAGCGCCCGACAUUUUGUAUUAAGAACAGAUCACAAGCCUCUCGCGUAUAUUUUUGGUGAAAAGAGAGGUAUCCCUCAAACAGCUGCCAGUAGGCUACAGCGUUGGGCAGCGCGAUUGGCCGGUUAUGACUUCAAAAUUGAAUUUAUUAAAUCAACGGAAAACGGGCCAGCAGACAGUCUAUCACGUCUACCACUACAGCUAAGCGGGCGUCCCACCUCUGCGGUGCAUUAUUUUAAUUAUAUAGAAGAAGCGGUGCCAAUUAAUUUUAAAGACAUCGCUACAGAAACCAAGCGUGAUUCACUAUUAAGUAGAAUUGUAGGAUAUAUCAAUUUCGGGUGGCCGUCGGCGGUUAGUGAUAAAGAGGAGAAACCGUAUUUUAUUCGUAAAAACGAUUUAUACAUAGAUUUAAAUUGUAUAAUCUAUAAAUAUAGAAUUGUCGUCCCAGUAAAAUUACGAUCUUAUAUAUUGAAAGAAAUUCACGAAGGGCAUUUGGGCAUGAAUAAAAUGAAAAAUAUUGCACGUAACUAUGUGUACUGGCCAAAUAUAGAUAAUGACAUUGAGCAGGUAGCGCGGGAGUGCACCGCCUGUCAGAGAGUACGAGACGCACCAGCACGUGCCCCGCUCCAUCCCUGGGAAUUUCCAUUGAAUCCAUGGCGGCGGGUGCAUGCUGAUUUUUUUGAUUGCGCGGGCAAGCGUUAUUUGAUAAUCGUAGAUGCACAUUCCAAAUGGAUUGAAACAAUUCCAAUGUCAAGUACGACAGCCAGUGCAACAAUAAAUGCGUUUCGUUCAGUAUUUUCUAGAUUUGGACUCCCGUCACAGCUAGUCACUGAUAAUGGCCCACCUUUUUUCUCUGAAGAAUUUAGUUUAUAUUGUAAAAAUAAUAUUGUAAAACAUACUACUUCCGCGCCGUACAGACCUCAAGGUAAUGGAGAAGCUGAAAACUCUGUAAAGACGGUUAAGAAAGUAAUUAAACGCGCAUUAUUUGAAGGCGAGGACGUUUUGACCUCCUUAUAUAGGUUUUUAUUUAUGUAUAGAAAUACAGAGCACGCAAUAACAGGUGUUUCACCUGCGGUCGCUCUGCUCGGGCGUAGGUUACGCGGACGGCUGGAUGCCCUGCGUCCUGACACCGCUGCCGUAGUAGCCGCCGCACAAGACAAACAAAUGCGCGCAGCAGCCGGUCAGUAUAGGCCGUGUAAGGUGGGUGAAACUAUACUUACACGGGAUUACUCCAAAAAGGGAGAUAAAUGGAUGGAAGGUCAGAUUUCAGCGGUUACUGGACCAGUAUCCUAUAAAGUUAAAUUAUGUGAUGGUACCGAGUGGCGUAGACACCAGGACCAAAUUCUCCGUGGACAAAGAGGUCGAUAUUCUUUAUCUCGUGCGAGUUCAGAACCAAUCAAUGAGGAGAAAAUGAGGUCUAGCGACGCGGAAGGAUACUGCCGGGCUGAGGUUACUGCUGGUGACCGCGAGGAACAAUUAGAAGUGGAAGAGAGAUCGGAUGGAAGUUCAGAUUAUGAGGAUGCGGUAAUCGAGAGUCCGGAGUUAGAUGCAAGUACGAAUAAUUCCUUACCAGCAGGAGCCUCUGCACGAGCAAUUAGAGCCCAUAAGAGAGCAAAAGUAAAUAUAUAA